GAGGUCGAGGCUGACCCAAGAUCGAGCCCAUGCCCAGACUCACAAGUGAAGCCCCGCGGAGCUGCCCACAAACUGCUCCUCUUCCCCAACCCCCGAUUCUUCUCCAAUCUCCGCCAUCGCCGUCGAUCCCCACCCCCAUCGGCAACCUCGUCUCCCCGCCCCCCCCAUCCCCAACCCCACCGCCGACCGACCUCCCUCCUCAUCUCGUCCAUCCACCCAUGGAAACCCCCUCUUCCACGGAUCCACCCACCCAUGCCCACCAGUUCUGGCGAUGGAUGGGGCGCACCAGUUCUGGCGAUGGAUGGGGCGCACCAGUUCUGGCGAUGGCAGCGCCGGACCCGCACCCACCUGUGCGAUGGAGGUCGGCCGCAUCGGGAUCCACCUGCGUGAUGGAGCCCGGCCGGAUCGGUGUGGCGCUGCACACCACACCACACCGGAGCUUGCUGCUGUGCUGGUCGUUGACAACGACGCAACUCCGGUGGGACCUAGACGCCCAAGAUCCGACACCCCAUCCUUCCUUCCUUGUGUUCAUGGAACGACAAUGGCAAGGGGACGACCGAUGUGCGUGGUGGACCAGGAGGUGGAGAACCGUCUCGCCCUCCUUGUUCACAUCACCUCCCUUUGAUUUCCCUUGGACACUUGGAGAGAGAGAAGGAAGAUGGCGGACGAGGGGAUGGCCAACUGCAUCGACAUCAUCCUCGCCAUCAUCCUGCCGCCGCUCGGCGUCUUCCUCAAGUUCACCUGCCGGAUCGAGUUCUGAAUCUGCUUGCUGCUCACCUUUUUCGGCUACCUCCCUGGCAUCAUCUACGCCGUCUGGGUCAUCACUAAGUAGGUGUCAGAGGGGCUCCUCACCUCUGGCUGCCUCUAGGUGACCCAAGGUUGCUGAAGAGGAGCAGCAGCCGCACAAGAGUAUCUGAAGAUGACUCCUCCGUUUCUAACCCAUCCCCUUCCUUCCACUGUUUUGGAUGAUGAACUUGAUCCUGCUUAAUUAAUUAAUUUCUCAUCGUGCUUAAUUAGCUGUAAAUGUGCCCCCUUAUUGAAGAAGAAGAAGAAGAAGAUAAUACAAAUGUAAUUUAAUUGGAUGGUCCCUUUCAUCGUGCUUAAUUAGCUGUAAAUGUGCCUCCCUUACUGAAGAAGAUAAGAAUCCAUAUGUGUUAUGCAAAAUUAACUUUGUCAUCUUGUAAGCACUCUAGGCAGUGUCUAGAGGGUGAAAAUAUGAGAACAAAAAAGAAUUACUGGAUUAAUUUAAAACAUCCAUCCUUUACUCCGUCCAUGUCAUUGUUAUUUACCCCUGGGAGUAUUUUUAACUUGAAAAUCUCUGGUGAACUGCCAUUUCGAGUACAUUUUCUUGCUCUGUUAAUUUUUUGGGUUACUCCAUCUUGCUCUGUUAAGUAAAAUUUGAUAUGUGGAGUAGCAGCAGUAAGCUAGACCCUCCAUCUUGCUCUGUACAUAGUCAAAGCUACUCCAAGUUAGCAGCAAUACUGUUAACUUCUCAAUUUGCUUGGAUUACAUUUAACUUCUAGUACCCCAGUACUCUAGUAAUUUUGCUUAGAGUAUUUAACAUGAUUGAACUGUACAUGUGUGGAGUAAUUUUGCUGGGAGUAUUUAACAAGAUUGAACAAGAUUUAACUUGUCAACAUUUAACAGUAUUUUCAGUAAGUAUUCUGAACAUGCUUCUGAAUAUUUCCAGAUUUUGAACAUGCAAGCAAAUCUGCAGGAGUAAACAAGUUCUUGCGGUAGAUAUUGCAAGUGUUUUAUCUAAACAUCUACUCUCACCGAAGAUAUUUCAAGUGGUCUGACCAGAUUUUCUCAGUUUGCAAGUUUACUUACUUUUCCAGUUAAUUAACUGGACAUCUUGGAGUAGUUAGAAAAUCAUGAAUUAUUUGCAUAAAACCAUAGAAGUAUUGUACUCCAGGGUGCAUUACUUACAUAAACUUGUUUGCAAGCUUAUUUUCUGACUCACAUAUUCUGAAACUAAAAAAGCUUAGUUAACUUGUGUAGUACUUUGGGUAAAAAUGGAAUGGUUCCAUCCUGCACAACAUACUUUGAGUGAAUGUUGAGUACUGUAUGCACUUGUGUAAUAUAUGUUGCUUGAUGAAUGCCUGGGUGUGUCACUUGUGUAAUAUAUGUUGGUUGAUGAAUGCCUGGGUGUGUCACUGCUUGUUCCAUGCUACAUUUAGGAAUUGUUCAUUUUUGUGUUAUGACAACUUCACUGCAUCCUGCCGAAACCUUUUUAAAAUCUUGCAGAUUCUAGUGCUACCACACAACUAGAUCAGUAUUUGAUUACUAUUACAAGUGGAGGUCUAAAUCAGCAGAGAACAGGGGUGAGAUGUACAUGUCCCAACCUCCUUCCCUCCCAUGUAUGAAUACGCUCUCAAGUAGUCAUUCUUGUGAAUGGGCAUAUGAUAAGAACUAAGAAUUCACCUUCACUAAUUGUCUAUGAUAUUUCAUCAGGAUCUAUAAGUACUUGAGGUACAUAUUGGCCGCACCACCAAUAUGUGUAGUUCUUGGGCCCUCUUGGUAGUGGGUUCUCAGUAGGACUAUAGAGUUGAUAGUAUGCUUCUAUGCAUCCCAAUUUAUGAGUUAUGCAGAAUAAGAAUUACAAUUUGCUGCAAUUCAGAUGUUUUGAAUUCUUCAAUCUUGAAUUGUUCAAUGAUGACAGCUAUCUUGCACCGUACUAUAAAAUCAUGGAUCGGCAACUAGGUGAUUGUCAAUCCGUUCUUGCUAGAUGUGUUGUUGUUUUUCUUCUUCUAAGAUAAGAUGGUAGCAUCACAUGUCAUCCUAUCAUGUUGUACUAGUUCCUGAAGUGUAAGAUAAGAUGGUGGCAUCAGAUGUGUGUUCUGACUUGUGACUGCUUACUACAUGGAUACAUGCAGCUAGCUAGCAACCUAGCAGUACUAGUAAGAAUAUAUGUGACUAAUUCCCUCCCUAUACCUUGUGAUUGAUUCCAGGUAUAUACAGAUGCCAUCUUUGUCUGGCAACAUAUGCACCUGAUUACAUUCAGGUGCAUAUAGUAUACUUGAACAGUGUAAACAUAUGCAUCUGCAAAAUUAUCUCAUUCAUAGUGUGGUGCCUAUGUAUAUCAGUUAUCAAUUGGCUUGAUUUAGGCUGUUGAUAGUCAGUGUCUCAGUGACAGAAAUAACUCAAAAGCUAUACCUUUAGCUGUGCUGGCAAUCGAAUGUAUAUAAUCGUAACCGUGAAACUAGUUAUUACCGUAGCCAGCAGAUCUCUUUAGUAAGCAGUAACUGGUAGUUCUCAUAAUCCAUCCCAUAGAUUACUUCCCCAACGUGUGUUCCAAGGGCUUUACCUGUUAGAAUUGAUGCUUGUUUCUACUAAGUGUUGCACUUGUUUCUACUAAGUUUUAACUAUGAAUCUGUUGUUUCACAUAUACUAUAUACAACUGAUGCCUUGAAGAAGUCAGCUCCCCUUGGAUGGUGCAGUGUAGCAAAUCAAUGUCGAUUCAUUCAUUCUUUGAUGUUGGCUUUCAUUCUUCCAAAGUUGGGUGUACAGGAGCUCUAGGAAGAAGAAUGCCGAAGAUAAACCACACCCAGCAAUGCGUUUUAGCUCACUAGAGAUAGUUAUGCUUGGAGCUAGUUAUGUGUAUAUUUAGUUGUAUUUUAUAGCUGAAUACCAGAAUUGUACUAUGCUUGGCUGUUGUAUGAAAUAUUAUGCCUUAUUGGCUCUUUUUGAAUCAAAUUAUCUAAUUGCACAGAUA